GGCCUACUUAUCCUGCUCAUUAAUGCUGCCUAAGCUCUCUAAUGCUGCCUCACACUCUGUGGCCACAGCUAGCUCCUUCCAGCUCCACCGCCGAGACACGAAGAAAGCAACCUGUGACAACAUGAGGCAGAAAACGGGUCUGAAGCCAUCAGGGCCGAGAGACACCGGCCAUCUGUAGGCCAGCAGGAGAGAGAGGAGGGUGAGACGUUUGCCUUGGUGUUCAUCUGAGGCUUUAAGCGCCAGUAGGAAGCCGUUAAUCCCGCGUCAAACACUGCAGCUGCUUGGUUGCUGUUGCACCGCGUCCAGCUGGACCCACACAUCUGCAUCUGCUGGUCAAAACCACACUUAACUUUUAUUUCCUCACCAUCUGAAACCAAGUCAGUCAUGACUCAGAUAGCUUUGACCUUCGACUGCUCCCACCUCAGGACCAGAAGCUCCUCUCACUUGGAAAACCUGUGAGCCAGUGGAGGAGGAAGAUGUCAAGGUGCUUCUGUCUGCUGUUGUGGCAGCUGGUGCUCAGACUGUCCUGCCGUGUUGUCACAGCCAGCCUGUGUUUGGGCGGCUCCAACAUCUUUGCGUCGGUCAGAGAGAACAGUCCCAUGGGUCUGUUCAUCUCAAACAUCAGCAUCAGAUCCGACCCAGGAGCCAACGCUGUCCGUCUGUGCCUGACCGGACCAAAUGCCAACUGGUUCUACUUAGAGCGUCGGACCAUCAGACUCAACUCCUCUGCAUCCAGAGUCCUGGACCGAGAGGUUCUGGGGCCGUUUCUGAUUGCUGAGCUCACCUGUUAUGAGGAUGAUAUCAAACAAAGCCACUACAGGAUUCUGGUGGAGAUUCUGAAUGAAAACGACAACAAACCAAAGUUCCUGGAGGAGACCAUCCAGCCGUUCAGCAUCAGUGAGGUGGCAGCAGUGAACUCUGUGGUUUUCACUGUGAAGGCUACCGACACAGAUGGAGAUAUGAUCAGCUACAGCAUUGACCAGUCCUCGGAAGAUGCAUGGUUCUUUAGGAUCGACCUGCCCAACAGUGGGAAAGUGGUGCUGAACAAAGCUCUGGACUACGAGAGCAGAACCCGGCUCCAGAUUAUUAUGUGGGCCCAGGUAAAGGAAUCAAACACAGAGGAGAUGUUCAACAUAUCUACUGUCCUUACCAUCAACAUCGAGGACGUUGAUGACCAGUAUCCUCACUUCCUGCCCUGCACACCUGUGUCCCCAGGUGUUCCGGUCUGCAUGAACCCAACCUACAGCGCCAACAUCACACGGAAGCACCAGGACUUGGUUCUGGAGUUUUCUCCUGGUCCAAUCCGAGCCAAGGACGGAGAUCGGGGGAUCAAUGCUCCUCUCCUGUACACCAUUCUGUCAGGUGAUGAUCAUGGCAGGUUUGUGAUUGAUAACAAGACAGGUGAGAUCAGGUUAACCAGAGCUGUGGACGCCCGACGCCCAGCAGCAAACUUCACGCUCACGGUCAUGGUAGGAACAUCCGUCCUUUUUCCCCAGAGUCACACAUGUGUUUCUGAAGAGCCUGCUCUCGUUGCUGUCCAGGUGUGUCAGGUGGAGGACCGGUUAAAGUACAGCUUGGCCACGGUUCUUGUCAGAGUACUGAGUGAAAACUCCUUCCCGCCUGUUUUUAACACAACCACCUUCAAAGGCUUCAUAAUCCAGAGCUCAAGCCCUGCCUCCAUCGUCUCCACCUAUGGGAACCAGGUGUUACAGGUCCAGGUGUCGGACCGGGACUUCCCUGAUGGAGUGAAUCCAAGCAUUCGGUUCUUCCUGCAUCCACCAUCUCGACUGUAUCAAGUCACCCAGGAGGGGGUUCUGAUUGCCAGGACAGACCAGCUGCAGGCCUUUGACAGACACAUUCUGCAGGUUGUUGCCAGGGAUGAAGAAUCAGGAGAGGAAGCUUCUGCCUCAGUGGACAUUGAAGUCCUGCAGCGAGGACAGGCAGUGCCUCACGGUGCGUUCACAGAGCAGCAGCUCUUUGGAGAUGUGGACAGCAGGCUGGCGGGAGGAAUCGCAGCACUGAUCUCGCUGAUGUUUCUCUCAGCCUUCCUGUUUCUGCUGCUUGGAUUCAUGCGCAGGAGACGACCGCAGGAAGCUGAUAUCCUCCCAGCCGUCACGGCCGGACUACACCCUAAGGUGAGCUCCAGCUCUCCAGAAGCUCUCGCCCACCAGGCUUCCUCGCCGUCCGGCAGCUUCCACGGCAGACACGGCCUUUACACUCGCAAGAAGUCUCUUCCUCCUCAUCCUCCUCCGACCUCCUCCUCCUCCUCAGCAGCAGACAGCAGGUCCAGACCUCACCUUCCUACCCAACCCUCAGAGGUGUCCCUCAGCGACCCGGCCGGACGCUGCCGCUUUCAGACGGACCUGGUGGUGGUGGUGGAGGAAGCUCAGAGCGCCGUUCACAGCUGGGAGCGCUCACCUGAUGUGACGGCAGGGCUUCCUUCUGCAGCUCAGUCCAUGCAGGGCCAUGCUGGGACGCCUCAGAGAGACGAGGAAGUCCGCACCGACCAAUCACGGGACACUUAAGCUUGGUUCAGCCAAUCACCAGUCAAGACUCUACAGCCGCGGCCAGCGCGUGAUUGGUUAACGGAUUGAAACUCUGGUUGUUUUUGGUGGUUUUAAUAAAAAUGCCUUUCAGAAAUGAAUAAUCU